AUGGCUUCCACGCCACAAACAUUGGUCGACGGCGCGUCGACAGGGGCAGCAACACCGGCAACUGGCAACCACGAACAUCAACAUCACCAUUUCCACCACACCGGCAAGAGGCUCCGACAAAUUCUCCGGCCUGAUGGCAAGAAGGUGCACGUCGCAGGCUCGCCGGAAGAAGCCAACCAUCUCCGUAAAACGCUCUCCGCGACAGAAAAGGAGGAAGAUAUUGACCUCGUCAUCCAUGGCUCGCCCGAGCACAUCGAUGCCCUCCGUCAUACCCACCAGCACCACACGGAUCGACACCAGCGCCUCAAGGAAGACCACCCCGAGAUAACGGAGGAAUUUGAGCGUGUCAUUCGCGAGCUCGAUGCCCUAUCCAGGGAGCUGCACAUGGUAUCUUCACACGCCGUACAGCUGGAUGCGAACUUCUCAAAGUAUGGAUACUCCGCGCACCUCCGGACGAAAGACAGUCCCACAAAUUCCAGCGCUGCGUCAAUGAACUCGGAGAUGUUCGACAAGGAGACGUGGGAUGCGGAGCGGAAGCUGGGCACCACGAUGCGGUUCUACCAGAAGCCCAUUGUCCGGCAGUAUUUCCACAAAGGGCUGCUCUGGCGCGCCAAAGAGGCGCAGGAAGUCGCGAGCUACGAGCUCUUCAUCGACCUGUUCUACGUCGGCAUCAUCGCUAUCACGGGCGACCAGGCCGCCGAGCACGCGACGGGCGAGUCCCUCCUCCGUUUCACAAUCACCUUCAUCAUGGGCUGGAAAUUCUGGUCCGACAUCUCCCUCCUCAUAUCCUGGUUCGAUUGCGACGAUAUACUAAGGCGCUGCUCCGUGCUCUUCAUCCUCACCUGUCUGCUUGGCUUCACGACAAACAUGGCCUCCGCCUUCGAGCACACCUACACGCCGCUGGUGGCUUUCUAUCUCGCCGCCCGUCUUUUCGUCGCAGCUAGCUUCCUCUGGUACGCCUACGCCAUUCCCAUGGUACGAGCCUGCAUGCUCGCCAACGCCCUCCUCAUCACCUUCCCCGCCGCCCUCUGGAUCGGCAGCAUCCACGUCGAAGAGCCCGCCCGGCAAGCCCUCAUCUGGCCCGCCCUCGCCCUCGACACCCUCGGCUUCUCCAUCAUGAUCCUCGUGCAGCGCCCGCAGAUCUGGGCAUCCCGAUUCCCGCGCGCACUAGCCUGGACGAAGUCGCAGUUUGAGUUCUUCCCCGGGGCCAACAUCGAGCACCGCAUCGAGCGGACGGGCGCGUUCGUCACGCUGGUGUUUGGCAGCUGUGUGUUGGGCCUGCUGUACCAGAGUUCUGUGGAGUUCGGCAUCAAUGCGUUCUUCGGGAAGGCGGUGAUGGGGCUGAUCCAGGCGUUUACGUUCAACUGGAUCUACUUUGAGAUUGACAGUUUCAAUCUGCACACGCAUGCUAUCAGGCGGAGCGUGUGGUCUGCGAUGACAUGGUUCUCGAUCCACCUCCCCUUCAUAAUGGCCUUUGUGCUCUCCUCCUCGGCCCUCGCCGUGCUCGUCCGCGCCCACGACGCCCCGGACUCGCCCCUCGACUCCCUCUACGAGACCUUCAUCCCCCGCAGCGAAGAACACAUCUCGGUCGGCCUGCGCUGGUUCUACUGCGGCGGCACCGGCAUCGCGCUGCUCUGCAUGGCCGUCAUCGCCCACGCCCACCAGCACAAAUCCAUACCCAACCAGCGCCUCUUCAAGAACAAGCGCCUCCUCAUCCGCAUCCUGUGCGCCGUCGCUAUCCUCUGCUUGCCCGCUGCGCACUUGAACUCGCUCGACCUGGUGGGGACGGUCACAGGGCUGCUCGUGCUCGUGCUGGUGGUGGAGUUGGUGGGUGCGAGCUGCGCAGGCGAGAACGUGCUGUGGGAUACGAGGUGUAACAGGGGGAAAGGGGCGUAUGAGGCGAGGUGUGGGGUGAAGAGGGAGGAGUUGGAGAGGAAGGCGGCAAAGGGGGAGGUGGUGGAUGUGGAGGAGAUUGCGGAGAGGGAAAAGGGGGAGAAGGGCGUGAGGAGCAUGGUAUAG